AUGGAUUCAUAUGAAAAUACUAGUUCGAUACCAAAUUUAAAUGAGGAUUUUGCAGAGGUUAAUUACGACCAGUUAGAGGGAUCUCUGACACCCCCUCCCCUGGACCUUUACGGCGUUCUCAACGUUUCUCAAGAGGCUACUGAAGAAGAAAUCAAAGAUGCAUAUAAAAAAUUAUGUAGAACUUUUCACCCAGAUAAACAUGUAAACCCAGAAAAUAAGAAAGCCGCAGAAACAAAAUUUCAAGUGAUUCAAAAAGCUUACGAAGGCAAUUUUCAAGCGCAUAAAUCACGCAAACAACAAUAUUCUUACAUUGUCUUUACUUGUUCAGUCCUUACGGAUCCAAAUAAGAGAAUUGUAUAUGAUAUGUUUGGUGAAGAAGGAUUAAGUACUUCUUGGGAGGUUGGACCUCGUUUGAAAACUCCACAAGAGCUUAGAGAAGAAUUCGAAAGACAAGCUAGAUUAAAAAAGCAACAAGAAGUCGAAAAUUUGGGUGAUAUUCAAUUAAGCAUUGACGCAACGCAGGCAUUUGAUCCUUAUGAUCGUCGACGGAAUCGUCUCUCCAUGAAUAACUUUUUUGAAAAUACUGAAAUAACACAACUUAAUAUGAAACACUCCUUUGAAACUCAAUUACGACCACAAACCCAAGUAGUGGUAAUUGGCCAAACUCUUCUACGUAAUGGAAUAGGUGGUGGUAAUAUUGUCGGGACAUUGCGGCAUUCAUUUUCGCCAAAAAUUUGGGCCGAAGUCGGAUCUUCUAUAGUUCAACCUAGAAUUAUGACCGCAAAGGCUUCAUAUAGUUCCAUUUAUUCUCCACCCAAUUUGGUUUUUACAGGUGGCCGCGUAUUAGGGAAAAACAUUACUGGGUAUCUUACUUAUAAAACUGGGGCAUGGUCGUUAGGUCCUUGGAGAGCAAAUGAAUUGAAUUAUCGGCGCGAAAGGUCAGCAGUUUCUAUAAGUAUUAAUGGUUCAUAUGAAAGAUCAGGAUAUAAUUUUGAAAUACAGACUGGAAUUGCACAAUCCUAUAUUUCAUUACAUUAUAAUCACAAACUUUUUGACGAUUAUCUAGUCAAAACAUCAACUACAUUAUCGACUACUAGUGGGUUGACAUCAAUUUUAUUAGGUGAACGGAAAAUUACUGAAAAUACAAAAGCUUCAUUGGCAGUUGAAUGUGGAUUUCCUCAUGGAAUAACUUUUAAAUGCAGAAUCACUAUACCGAUUCUUGUCUCACCCGAAUUUAAUUAUAAAAUAAUUUUUUGGGGAACUGUUCUUCCGAUUAUAACGAUAGCUGCUGUUGAGCAAAUCAUAUUAAUACCUAUGCGGCAAAGGAAAAAGGCCGAAAAAUUGGCAGCUUUACGGGAGCUUCAUGCCGAGCAUAUAGAAAAUCGUAAGAGAGAAGCUGCAGAAGCUAUUCGUCUCUUACUACCUUCAGUGGAACGCAAGACAGAGGUGGAGAGGGAAAAGGAUGGUCUAGUUAUUCUAGAAGCUUGGUACGGCAAUGUUUCAAGUUUAAAUGGAGAAGGGCUUUUAGAGGAAAAAAGUGACGUUAUUGAUGUUAAAAUACCAGUUCAAGCUCUUGUGCAUGAAUCACAAUUAACUAUUCCAGGAAGGUAUUCGAAGUCCAAUAUCAUGGGGUUUUACGAUCCAUGUAUGGGAGAACGCAAACAAUUAAAAAUCAGGUACCAAUUCCAACGCAAACUUCAUGAAGUCACAGUGGAUGAUACAUCUCCUGUUGCGUGCCCUUUAAGAUGUAAACGCUCAGAAAAGAACGAUAUCAUGUCAACAGAAAUAACCGCACCCACACCUUCUACUACCUUACAGCUUGAAGAAGUUGUAGAGGUGAAAAAACAAACAACAAGUGGUGUUAAAUCUUUUCUUGCGGGUGGGUUCGGUGGGGUUACAUGUGUUCUUGUUCGUUUGCAAACAGCUCCUGAAGGGGCAUAUACAGGAAUGGCUGAUGCAACAAGACAAAUCCUUGUUAAGGAUGGAAUACGUGGUUUGUACAGGGGUAUGGGGCCUCCAUUAGUGGGCAUCACACCAAUUUUCGCAAUAAGUUUUUGGUCUUACAACCUUGGUAAAAAGAUCGUCAUGUCGGUGAAUCCAAAUCGCACUUCUUCAGAGCUUAGCAUUGGAGAAAUUAUGAUUGCUGGCGGAUUGUCGGCAGGACCAACCACAUUGAUUAUGUCACCAGUUGAGCGAGUUAAAGUUUUAUUACAAAUUCAAGGUCAAGGAGGCGUGAAUAAAUACAAAGGACCAAUGGAUGUAGUGAGACAACUUUAUAAGGAAGGAGGGUUGAGCAGUAUUUAUCGUGGAGUUGGAGCUACAUUAGCACGGGAUGGUCCAGGAUCGGCUGUUUAUUACGGAGCAUAUGAGCUUACCAAAAGACUUUUGACGCCCGCAAAUGCUUCCCCUGACUCUUUGAACCCUGCAGCCAUUUUAUUUGCUGGUGGUAUGGCGGGAGUUGCUAUGUGGUCAAUUGCGAUUCCACCAGACGUUAUUAAAUCUCGAUUACAAACAGCUCCACCUGGUACCUAUAAAAAUGCUUUUGAUUGUUUGCGUAAAACGAUUGCGCAGGACGGUACAAAAGCAUUGUUCAAAGGUAUCGGACCAGCUUUAUUUAGAGCUUUUCCGGCUAAUGCGGCGACGUUUUUGGGUGGUUUUGACGAGAUUGGGUUAGGAUAUGGUGUUCCAAUGCAUCAGCAUUUAAAUAAUAGCUUCUCCGAGAUGUAUCGAUGCUAUUCAGUAACUUUGAUGCAAGGAAAUGAAAGGCAGAAUGUUAAUUUUGGUGGCAAAAUUAUCUUACCACCUUCCGCACUGGCAAAACUAGCUAGUUUGGAAAUAGAAUAUCCGAUGUUGUUUGAAUUACGUAAUCAAAAUGGACAACAACAUUCGCACGCCGGAGUUCUUGAAUUCAUUGCCGAAGAAGGUCGUGUUUAUUUACCUUAUUGGAUGAUGCAGACUUUGCUGUUGGAUCAAGGUGACAUUAUUGAAAUAAAAAGCGCAGAAUUGCCUUUAGGUACCUUUGUAAAGAUUCAACCACAAACUGUUGAUUUCUUGGAUAUAAGUGAUCCGAAAGCUGUGCUGGAAAAUGCUUUUCGAAAUUUCUCAACCUUGACACAAGGGGAUCUUAUCCAAAUAAAUUAUAAUAAUAAAAUUUAUGAGAUUUUGGUAUUAGAAGUUAGACCCGGUAAUAAUGAACCUGGUAAUAACGGUAUUUCAAUUGUUGAAACAGAUUUGGAGGUUGACUUUGCGCCACCUGUGGGUUACGUAGAACCAAAACCACAACCAAAACCAUCAAUGGCAAAUAAGAUAAAAAUAGAAGAUCCUCCUACAGAUACAAAGGGAUUUUCAGCUUUUCAGGGAAGUGGACAACGGUUAAAUGGAAAGUCCGUAAAAUCAUCAUCAUCUACAGCUUCAGAUUCAAAUGGUACACUUACUGCAAAAUUAAAAGAGUUAAGUGAAAAUGAUGACGUUCCUGCACCGUUGAAUUUACCGUUUGGCAAAUUGUUCUUUGGGUAUAGAUUACGUGCUCCGAAAGCGGAGGCGGGAUUAAGUCAACCAUCAUCCACAUUUGACGGUAAAGGUUAUUCUUUGAAAUAA